AUGCCUCAAAUCGAGCCAGAUAAUGAGGCUAAAAGAGCGUUACAAUUAAACAUUAUGAAUGAGGGACCAUCGCUAGGACUGGGGAAACCAUACCUUCCACCACCUAACGCCGAAAGCUAUGUCGUUGAUUUCGAUGGUCCUGAUGACCCCACACAUCCAUAUAACUGGAAUCUUUCUACAAAGCUUUUCGCCUCCAUCCUGGUCUGUUCAGGAACACUGGUCGUAUCAUUGACGAGUGCCAUCUUCGCCCCCGGAAUCGACAGCGCAAGUAAAGAAUUCCACGUCAGCUCAGAGGUCGGAGCUCUGGGAACAUCUCUAUAUGUCCUCGGUUUCGCAUGUGGUCCAUUGAUCUGGGCACCUGCCUCAGAGCUACGUGGAAGAAAAUGGCCAUUAACAAUCGCCAUGCUCGCCGGAGGGAUCUUCACAAUCGCAUCAGCCGUGGCCAAAGAUAUCCAAACACUAACAAUUUGCCGUUUCUUCGCCGGCAUGUGUGGCGCAAGCCAGCUCACGGUUGUCCCCGGCGUCUUGGCAGAUGUAUUCGACAAUACCUACCGGGGAAUGGCCAUCUCGCUCUAUGCACUCACGGUAUUUGUGGGCCCUUUCACUGCGCCAUUCGUGGGCGGGUUCAUAACGGCAAGUUACUUGGGGUGGAGAUGGACGCUUUACCUGCCGGCUAUCUUGAGCUUCGCCAAUGGUGCUGUUUCGGUCUUCUUUCUCGAUGAGACUUACGCGCCAUGUUUGCUCGUUGUGAAAGCUGCUCGGCUACGCCAGCAGACUGGGAACUGGGCCAUUCAUGCAAAGCAGGAGAAGAUCGAGGUGGACUUUACGCAGCUUGUAGAGAAGUACUUUACGCGGCCGCUUCAGAUGCUCAUUACGGAGCCCAUCAUCCUUCUUGUCUCUCUGUACAUGUCUUUUAUUUAUGGCUUGGUCUAUGCGCUGCUGGAGGCGUACCCGUAUGUAUUCCAACAUACGUAUGGUAUGCGUCUGGGGGUGGAUGGACUGCCGUUUAUUGGCUUGAUUAUUGGCCAGGUUAUCGCUUGCACCUUUAUUAUCUCCCAGCAAGGGAAAUAUGCGCGAAAGCUGGUUGAAAACAAAAAUGUUCCUGUGCCAGAAUGGCGAUUAUCCCCCACGAUACUCGGAGCUCCUGUGUUUACCAUUGGAAUAUUUUGGUUCGGCUGGACGGGCUUCACUCCUGCAGUUCAUUGGGCCGCCCCCACUGCAGCGGGUAUAUUCAUUGGAUUUGGGGUUCUCUGUGUCUUUCUCCCAUGCUUCAACUAUCUUGUUGACUCUUAUAUCUCGCUCGCCGCAUCAACUGUUGCCGCAAACAUUAUCCUUCGUUCAUCAGUCGCUGCAGGCUUUCCACUGUUCACCAAACAGAUGUUUGAAAAUAUGGGAAUUCAAUGGGCUUGCACUUUGCUUGGGUGCUUGGCUGCAGUCAUGAUACCAAUCCCUCUCGUAUUCAGAUCUUAUGGACCCCUCUUGAGAGGAAAGAGCAAGCUAUUUCGACAGGACCCUGCAGCAACAUGCCCAAAGGAAGGAUAA